CACACACAUGAACACACACCGGUCUGCACACCGGGCAGGAGACUGAUAACAGCAACAGCUACCGCGGACGGACACACACCGGGAACUGCUUCUGUAUAGCGGAGGGAGCUUCAAAUAGUUUAUUUAUUUAUUUAUUUAUCUGUUUGUGUGAGGAGUAUUUAUUUCUAUCCAAGAUGAACGGAGUGUCGAGGAGUCUGUGCACGUUUGAGGACAUCAGGAGUCAAGAAUAUGGGGACGGGUGCAGGAGGCUGAGGCUCACACUGCAAGACCAGCGCCAGGCAGCUCGGAGCUCGGAGCAGCACAGGGACAAGCCAAUCGGACGUGCGUUUGCGCUGGUGCAGCCACCCAGUGACAGGACAUCUCUGAAUCCCGAACCAGUCAAAUCUACAGAGGAGCAGGUGGAGGUUAUAAAGGUUUAUUUAGAGGCCCGCAGACAAGAGCAGCAGAAACACCAGCAGAGCCUGAAGAUGCUGUCAGAUGAAGUGUCACAGAUACAGGAGGUGAGGUAUUGCCUGAAGACGCUGAGGGAGCAGAUGGCAGCCAAAAACAAGACGCACACAAACGGGUGGAAAGUUGGUCUUCCCUUCCGAAAGAGCACCUCACCUGCCCCCGGCGGAGGAGCUAAAGCUGACGGACAGGAAGCAGAAGAAGAAGCGGAGAGAGCCAAGCUGAGGGAGGUCAGCAAGCGCUUAUAUGCACAGCUACAGGAAGCAGAAAAGAAACACCAGGAGGAAAAAGAGAGGCUGCAGGUUGAAAGCAGCAAGCUGAAGGAGCGUCUGAGCGAUGAGGAGGAGAAGCUGAGGAUCACAGAAGAAGCCAGCGAGAAGAAAGACAGGCGCAUAGACGAGCUCCAGAGGCUGCUGGGAGGGAUGGAGCAGGAGAGUGCCACCCUGAGGGACGCGAUCCGCAGCCGCGAGGAUGAACUCCGCGAGCUGCGCAAGCUCAGAGAAGACGGCCAGGCAGGGGAGCAGAGGGCUGAACAGUUGGAGAAGGAGGUGGCUAUUCUCAAGGAAAAGAUCCACCAUCUGGAUGACAUGCUGAAAAGCCAGCAGAGGAAAGUCAGACACAUGAUUGAACAGCUCCAGAACUCCCGCAUGGUGAUCCAAGAGAGGGACCGCGUGAUCAAAGAGCUGGAGGAGAAAGUGGCUUUCUUGGAGGCUGAGAACCGAGAGAUGCAUGACCAGAUGGACUACUUCCUGGGAGGACAAAGGUCAAAUUCUUACCUCUCAUCAGAGCGCAACCCCCAGAUCGUGUAUAGUAAACCAAUCAAGCCGACCACCUCAUCUACCAAACCGCUCCCUUUCAUCAAAGUCAUCGAGAUCAAGUCAUGAAGCGCCCGUGCAGAAGAAAGACGUAGCGAUUGUCGAGGAGGGCUCAGCACCACCAAACCUUUUUAACACGGACUGAAACCAAACUGCAGCUCUGCGACCACAUCUGAUCACACUAACAGUCAGGAUGUCGGAGUUCCUGUACUGCAACACUUCCACUACGACCACAAACACUCCUGAAGGACACUGUGCAGUGUUUGGCGGCACGCGUCGGGGCUUGCUGUGCAUGUGCAUAAAUGAACGAGUGUGUAUGUCAGCUUUAAUGUAGAUAAAUGAAAGCGUACUGACUUGGCUGACAUGCAUUUGAAGUUUUACUUGUAAUACUGAAAGCGAGUGUUUCUUUGCGCUGCCCUGUUUUGAUCACUUUUUUAACCUUUGAGUUUGUGACAGUUUGGCGUUGUAUCAAAAUAGAUACUGUUGGGCAAAGUGCAGGACGGUAGACAUUUUGCCAAAGUGACACUAUAAAGUCCAUAUACUGUACGGUGAUGUAGCAAACAUAGCUAACUAAGCUAAAAGUUUCAUGUAGAAGUCAGUAACCAGAUGAUCUACAUCCUGUGUCCCUGUACUCAAUAGUCACUAAUCCAUGACUCCAUUCACGCCGCCGAGUGAAUGUAAGAUGCUUUAAACGUGUAAAAAUAACGACUGUAACUUAUAUGAGGUCAACACCCUGUGAUGAAAAGAGCUAAAAGUUUUUAAUGAACAAUACGGCACUUUAUGAAACUGUGAGGAAGCAGAGGACAAAAUGGCGUCAGUGUUGAGGACGAUAUUUGACAACAUUCCUGCUUCAUAAAAGUGUCAUAUUUCUACAGAUCUCUUGUAAAGCAUUUCAGCUCCCCGCCAGUGUGUAAACAGUCACCUUGUCUUGUAAAUAAUAUUGAUGAAUGUGAUUUGAUGUUUUAAUUUCCAUCUAACAACUCCUUUGUAUUUAUUUAUAUUAAGUGAAACCUCCAGACAGAUUGUGUGUGAGGAGGUUUUUUUAUGAAGUACACUCUAAUCUAUUAUCUGUGUUUGUGGUUCUCAGAAUAAAGUACUGAAAAUAAA